UUGCAAUAAAGUAUGUUCGUAUAUACUUUCCCUUUUCUUCUCACUCCUUUACUCUCGUGAAUCAGUGCAGUUAUGGAAGAAAACAAUAUUGGCAUUAAGCGCUCAGAAGAAGAAACAGCUUUAGAAAGUGAAUCUAAAAGACAAAAGCUCAAUGAAGACUCCCUUGACCCAACAAAAGAACUCAUGCAGUCUCAACUACCUGAUACACUUUUACUUGAUAAGGACCAGGCUGAUACGAUCAACGAACUUUUAGAAGGUAGUAAUAGUGGUGAUGCACUUCAAGUGGUCUCAACAGAACAAGAGUCUCAAGAAGAAAAGACAAGUACUUUUGAAAAGAGCUCAACAGAAGAACAAAAAAUGGUGUCAGCAGACGAAUUAAAGCCAGUCACAGCUUCACCAGCGUCUGUGCCUGAAUCGCUAGAAAAGAACACAGCUGAAGACAACUCCAUCACGAGUGAACAGUUACUGUUUGCAUUGACCUCUGUUCCUCCUGUGCAGACAAACACAAUAGAAGAAGAAGAGCCUAUGCAAACAACAGAAGAAGAAAUCAAACCUGUCGAAAUACACCCAACGGAACCAAAACCUAAAUCUGAAGAAACAUCUUUCUCUUCAACAAACACAACGAUACCAUCAGUUCCUUUAAAAACCACGAACACUAAUACAAAUACAACUAAUAACUCUUUAUCCAAUGCACUUAAUAAUUUACCUGAUAUCAGUGCUGCUUUACGACGUCUCAGUAGUGCUAAUGUGUCUGCAUCUGUGAUUGAACAACUUUCGUCUUCAUCCCCUCGAUUACCUAAUGUUGGUCAUUUAGGCGAGCGAAAAGGGUCAAUGACCGAUGUGUCUCCUUCGGAAAUUUUGGGUAAUGCUUUAGCUGCUGUUGCAGCUAACGCAGCACGAUCCAACCAAUCAUCACAGUCACAACAACAACCAUCACAACCACAACAAAGUAGCAAUGCACAAGCAACUGCAACAGCCAUUGGCAAUCUGGCAGCCAUUACUGCUAAUAUCAGCAAUUUGCUUCAUUCAGGAGGAUUCCAUCGAAACUCGUUCAGCCAAGAAGACACACAGAAAUUAGCUGCUGCUGUAGCUCGUCAAGCGCAACAGCCAACACAACGUCGCAAGAGUUCAAUUGCCGCUUUCUCUACCAUGCUGGAUCAAGCUAUUUCAUUAGGAAGAAAUAAGACUGACGCGAAGCCUGCCCAGCAAUUAGUGCCAGUCCCUACAAAAGAAGUGAGUCAAAGUAAGCCUAAACUCAUUGUCAAGAAUGAUCAAGUCUGGAAAUCCAUCGAGGGCAUUGAAGAAAAGUCACUGGGAUUUCAACUAUACUCGCCUCAUUUGUUACUUCCCAAUUUAGAAAAUUGUGUGAAUGGUUUAAUGGAGAUUCGUGUGCCAGCACGAUUUUUGACAUUUGAUAAUGUGCGUGUCAAGAAAAGAGCUAUUUGGGGCACAGAUAUCUACACCGAUGACUCAGACAUUGUAGCCAUGGCUAUUCAUUCAGGCAAAUAUCAGCCAGAGUUUAUUGAGCCUACCGUAGAACCUGGAGACCCAUUUGCAUUGGCUAUUGCUGGUAAGCAAAGAGAAUCGAUAGAAGCAGCAAAGAAAUUGGCCAUGAGUGGCAAGAAAUAUGUACAUCGUCAUGAUCAUUUAAUACCCGAUCAUGACCUUAAAGUGACCGUAAGAGUCUUGCCUACCUUACAAAGUUAUGCAAGCACAAUUCGAAACAAAUUGAAGUCAAGGGAAUGGGGUAGACAUGACGGUAUGAGUUUAUUUGUAAACAAAGUCGAGAAAAUCAAGGCAAGUAGAAAGAAGAAGAAGAAUAUGUAUUGAUUUUGAAGCAGAAAGGCGAUGCUCGAUUAAAAGGCCGUCAUACACUUAAAUCCAACAUGUUUGCCUAUGAGCUUUACAGAAAACAGGCACUUGGUAUUGUCAAAGAACCCAAGCCAGUCGAAGAUGAUGAACCCAGCAAGGUUGAAAGGGGAAGAGUUAAAAAGACACGCAGAGUGUUGCGUAUGUUUCAGAUUCGGGCUGAGAUGAAUAAAAACAGAAAAAACUAAGAGAAAAUGGGUAUUUUAUUACAUAUCAUCAAAUUGGCGUGUC